CGAAAAGAAAAGAAAAAGAUGAUGCAGAGUUUACAAAAAUAAAACUUGCUUCGGCGGGUGACGUCAUUUCUGUGCGACUCCUCGGCUUUCUCGUAGCCGAGUGAAGUUGGCUGGCUGUGUGAGUCUUUUAGGAGAAAGACAUGACUGCUGUUGAGCGAGCUUUGAAAACCCAUUUCGGGUUUGAAAAGUUCCGAUCACAGCAGCAAGAGAAUGUCGUUAAAGCGGUGAUGAAAGGUGACAGGGAUGUGUUUGUGUGCAUGCCAACCGGGGCAGGGAAGUCUCUGUGCUACCAGCUUCCUGCAGUGCUGGCCACUGGCAUCACCCUGGUCAUAUCUCCUUUGAUUGCACUUAUACAGGAUCAGAUAGAGCACCUUAAAGCACUGAACAUACCGGCAUGUUCCAUAAACUCGAAGCUCCCGUCUGGAGAGAGGAGACAGAUCCUGGCUGACUUGCAUGGUGAAAAUCCUCGGCUCAAGCUCCUGUAUAUCACUCCUGAGAUGGUGGCUUCUCCGGCCUUCCAGCCUUGCCUGAGCUCUCUGUGCUCCCGCAGGUUGCUAGCCUGCCUGGCAGUUGAUGAAGCCCACUGUGUCUCUCAGUGGGGUCAUGAUUUCAGACCGGACUACCUGAAGCUGGGAGACCUGCGCGCCCGUCUACCUGGCGUCCCCUGUGUGGCCCUGACAGCGACAGCACCCAGGCGGGUGCAGGAGGACAUUGCACACUCGCUGAGGCUGAGAUCGCCACUCACUUUUUCCACUCCAGUUUUUCGGAAAAACCUGAAGUACGACGUGAUCUUUCGAGAUCUGCUGCCUGACCCAUAUGUUCAUCUGCAUGCAUUUGCUAAGGAAGCGCUCGGGGGAUGCUCAGCUGAGAAGGGUUGUGGGAUUGUAUACUGUCGCACAAGAGAGAGUUGUGAGGAUGUCGCACACAGAUUGACUAAACUUGGGAUUUUGGCUAGGCCCUACCAUGCAGGCCUGAAAGCAGGAGAUCGCACUGAUUCACAGGCUGAUUGGAUGGAAGGGAAGGUGCCUGUCAUUGUGGCCACUGUCAGCUUCGGGAUGGGUGUUGACAAGGCCAAUGUGAGGUUUGUAGCUCACUGGAACUUGGCUAAAUCCUUGGCCAGUUAUUAUCAGGAAUCGGGACGUGCUGGUCGUGACGGCCUGCCCUCUUCUUGCCGCAUAUACUACUCUCCCAGAGACCGAGACCAACUCCGCUUUCUCAUAUGUAAAGAGAUCACCCGCAAACAGGAGAAACGAGGGUCGGAGAAAGAACAGGACAAAGCACCUCUGCUGGACUUUGAGGCCAUGGUUGGUUUCUGUGAACAAGAGGGAUGCAGACAUGCCACUAUAUCUAAGUUCUUCGGGGACCAGACACCCAACUGUGCUGGGGCCUGCGACUACUGUCAAAAUCCUAAACUUGUCCGUGCCCAGCUGGAGAGAGCUGCUGCCCUCAGCACUAAGACCGGGCCAGCGCAGAGCUCUGGGAGUAGGGGACCUUUCGGUUUUGACCGCGAGCUCUACGGAGGAGGGAAGAAAGGCUACGGCUUUGAGAGGUAUGACGAGGAGUGGGAGAGCAGUGCUGAGGACGACUCUGAGAAACGAAAAAAAGAGUUCGGGGAUCUGUUCAGGAAACAAAUGAAACUACGCAAGGUGUCAAGUGGCCCAAAAGAAACGUUUGCUCCCCCAGAUGCUGAUUGUCCAUUAAAGGAGGCGAGCAGUCAGAGAAUCCCAAGGCUCUCUGUGAAGGCACGAGAGCACUGUCUGUCUCUUCUCCAGGCGUCUCUGACUAACCAUAGAGGCACAACAGAUCACCCUUACAGCUCUGACCCACUUUCUGUGGCGGUUGAAAUAGAGCACGAAGUGUUCAGAUCUUGCAAGUCCGCAAACCUGUACAAGGCUGCAGUUCUCAAGAGAGUAGCAGAGCUUAAGAAAGACGCCGGUGAUGCUGUAGCGCCACCUGCUCAUGAGGAUGGAGAAGCAUGUUGCUCCACUGUCAGUGAAGAGGAAAGGAAGGUGAUGAAAGAAGAAGCAGCCUCGUCCUCUUCUUCCUCAUCUAUCCCUGAAGAUCAGCUGGGCUUUACAUCAGCUUCUCAGAUCUAUUCACUGAAGCGAAAGCGUGUGGGUGCGGGAUUCCGCAGCCCCUCCACCCUCUUCCAGACCGCAUCAGAGUUUCUGCAGACUUCCAAGAAUGAGACCCUAACAGCAGUGCCCAUGUCUCAAGAACCUCCUCAUAAUGAAGAGGAGCAGGAUGAAAAGCCUGAGACGAAGAGAAGCAAAACAUCUCCAUCUGUCUCGUCAUCAUCUAGUAGCCCCAGCAAGAGAUCAGGCAAAGCCCUGAGCAAGAAACAGCAAAAGUUAGCAGAAGCAGCCAAGAACUCACACUGUAUCUCUCAGUACUUUGGGAAAAAGAUGAUGGACGAUACCCCCAAAAAUGGAGAGGCCACAGUUUUAGAAUCGGAGGAAACUGGUGUCUUUGUGGAAACUCCAGAAAACUGCAAUGUUGUCUUGAAUACGAAUAACACAGAGACUCGAUACGAAGGUUCCACGGAUAUGGAAAACUCUGAGAAGAAUGCAAGGCCUGUGGAGAACCAGAAUAUGGAUGUUAUUCCCAUGGAAAUGACCGCUCCUCAGGUAGAAAUUCGCAGGACUGAAGAGGCAAAACAAGGCUUUGAGGAGAGAGAAAUGCUAGAGGCUGAAGGGAUGAAGUCACAGUCUGAUGUGAAGGUACAACCAGAAAAGCCCUGUGAGGACGGAGAGUCUCCCUCUCAUCCCAACACCGAAUGGAGCCGUCCACCCGACAGCAAGCGCAGGGUGACCUUUGACCCUGUGGUGCAAGAGAGAAAGAUGGAGGCAAACAAUGAUGUCAAUCACGUGUCACUCCAGCCUGUGACUCUGAAAGAAGCAGCUGAUAUUGUUGUGAGAAUCUUGGAUCCUUUCUACAAAAAGGGCAAAUUUGCUACAAAGGACGUGUUCAAGUCAUUUGCACGCUUCCUCUCCCAUCUACUUGUAGAAGGAAAAGCUAAGGAUCGAGUCAAAGUGAAAAUGGAGGCAAAGAGCUUAAUCAGGCGUUUCUUCAGCAGCAUCCAGCGCUGCGAAAACGAGACAGACUGGAAACAUCUGCAAGACACAGCCAAUCCCAAUGCAGCAAACAGAACUGCAGCACAGGAGGACAGAUAGAGCUUCCUGCUUUAAUAUUUCUUCAUUCCUCAGAUGCUUCAGGGCAAAGCUACUCCUCUCUCAGGGACUGCAGAUCAGAGGCUGCUGCUUAUAUGAAGGCAACAUAUUUCAGCAACUAGCUCUCCUUUGCUCUUACUAGUGCACUUUAAUGACAAUUGCUGAGAAUUAUUAUUAUUACUAUUAUUAUUCUUUUUUUCCUCCAGUGCCAACAGGGCACCAGUUCAUUACUGUGAUGUAGCAUUAGCUCCUUGCUGCUACUUUAGAUGCUGCUAUGUAUGAGGGAAUUUAUGAACAACAUUCAGACAUUUUACAGAGGGUAAAAUACCAACAAAAUAAAAACUGUUCUGUUUUAGGCAACUCCUAAUUUAUUAUUUGCUUUUCUUUGCUUUAGGCAAAAUGGAUGUUGGUUAUGUUUCUAUGGUCACCAUCAUAAAGGAUACAGACAUGAUAUCUGAUUGACCUUGCAAAAUGAAAAUAAAUAAUAUGCAUUCUUAAAAGAAUGUGUAAACAACACGAUCUUCUGAAAUGAGUCUUAAAAGGGCCUGUAUUUACUCAACGUUCCUAUGAUCUACAAUGCCCUUUCACUAUUACGUGGUGUGUAAAUUCACAUUCAGCACCCACUUUAUUAGGAACAGCUGCACAUUUAUGCAAUUAGCCAAUCAGCCAAUUAAGUGGCAGCAGCUUCAGUUAAAUGUUCACAUCAACCAUCCGAAUGGGGAUGAAAUGUGAUCUCAGUGGAUGUUGUUGGUGCCAUACUGGGAUUUAUUUAUUUAUUUAUUUAUUUUACACACAAUUAGAGUUUACACAUAUUGGUGUGUAAAACUAAGAACCUCCUCUGACUGGUGAUCAUGCUGGGAUGAUGGGAGAGGUCAGGGGAGAAUGACCAGACUUUCGUGCUAACGGGAAGGCGGAAAUAACUCAAAUAACAACUCUUUACAACCGUGGUGAGCAGAAAUGCAUCUCAGAACAUGCUGAACCUUUAGGUGGAGGGGCUACAGCAGCAGAAAACCAAAUAAGGUUCCACUCAUCAGCCAAAAACAGGUGCAGUGGGAACAGGCUCACCCAAACUCGGCAGUUGAACAUUGAUCUUUUUCCAGUGUUCAGCUGCCCAGAUUGGGUAAACCUGUGCCUACAGUAGCCUACAUGUUUUUAAGCAUACUGUUGCUGCCACAUGAUUGGAUAGUUGCAUGAAUGUUUAGGUAUACAGGUUAAUCUGAGGCUAAUCAUUUAUCUUCAGUUACCCUUUUUCCUGAUCAGAGUAUAUACCCUGGAUGGGAUGUUGGGCUAUCGCAGGGCACAACACGCACUCCUUUACAUCUAGAAUGUUUUCAUGGGGUAGGAAAAAUACAUGGAGAAUACUAGAGUUCCUGGAGGAAACCCUCGGACUGUACCAAAGUUAUGAGCCACUGUAAGUUCAAUCAGCAAGACAGAAAGGGACUUGAGCAUAAGUAAGUUUAUUCAGACUUCUUAUUCACAGAAAGUGCAUUUUUAUGGCUGGAAUACUAUGUCACAAAUCACAGAUACAUAAUCAUUUGUCAAGUACAUG